ACACAAUUUGACCUUGGCGAGGACAAUAGCAGCUAGAGAUUGGCGAUGGCGUAUUUAUUAUAGUACAACUGUCUCGGUCUUCCUGCCUGCAGCAGCCACAAAUCUGUGAAGAAAGGGUUGAGCUUUGCGAAUCUGUCUGCGAGUUACGUGGGGCUAGCGUUGGUGGAUCCAUGUGGCCGGAGAGCCCGCUUCUCCGGGACGCCGGCGCUGCCGUGCUCACCGGAUGCGUCGCCAUGGCGGUGCUCCGCUUCUGGGAGGAGGUCGGCAACCGCGCCCUCUUGGACCAAAAACUCUGCAGGAAGCUGGUGCACAUCAGUGUUGGGCUGGUAUAUUUCCUUAUGUGGCCUUUGUUCAGUUCAGAUGAUGUCUAUGCUCCAUUUCUUGCUUCAAUUGUCAUUGCGCUCAAUAUCAUAAAGGUAACCCUGAUUGGAUCUGGUGUAGUUAAAGAUGACGGCGUGGUUAACUCAAUGACAAGAAAUGGAGACUAUAGAGAGCUUCUCAAAGGCCCACUCUAUUACGCGUGUACUAUAACUCUCACUACCGUAAUCUUUUGGCGGACGUCUCCCAUUUCGAUCGCUGUGAUUUGCAACUUAUGUGCGGGGGACGGUGUGGCUGACAUAGCCGGGAGGCGGUUCGGGCGUGUGAAGCUCCCUCACAAUCCCGACAAAUCCUACGCCGGAAGCAUCGCAAUGUUCUUCGCCGGCUUCAUCGCAUCGAUCCUUUUCAUGUGCUACUUCCACCUUUUCGGGUUCGUGGAGCAGAGCUGGACCAUGGUCGCUGCCUUCUGCGUCACCUCGCUUGCAGCGGCGAUUGUCGAGUCACUCCCGGUCAGCACGCUCUUGGACGAUAACCUGACAACUUCGAUCGCGUCUGCGCUCGUCGGCGGCCUGGUUUUCUACUAUGUUGGUGGUGGUGGCGGUGCUGGAAGCGGCGUCGGGAGCAGCAUCUUGGCGACAGCUGCGAUGGUCUUUGCAGGCAGUAGCUAGCACGGUAAGGAAACGAUGCAGUGAAUUGGAAGGCUUUGUUGGUAGUGAUACAAUCAUACUGCAACCGGAAGAGGCUGUCAGCGAGUGUUGGUUUAGUACGGUUUGUGUGUCUCUGUAACAGAAUUCUGAUUCCUGAAUUAACCUUGGUUUACCAGUGUCAUUGUGUAAGGCUGUAAGCAGCAUUACUGUAAGUUUCGAAUAACAUUUGCGGAUAGAGGAAAAUAAGUGUUUUUCGUCUUA